UCUGAGUGUCAGACCUUUUGAGUUUGGUCUCUCAGCUGCUUGGAGAAUGUGAGACUGAGCUUUUGACUUGUAAAUCAUUCAAAGCUGAACACACACCUGAAGUUAAACUUUAUUCUGGCUCCACUAAGACAUGAUGGAAAUUGUAUUUUUGCUGCUCCUCUUCUGUCACAUCGCAUCUUCAGCCAAACACUCCACAAACUUUUACCUCAUGAUAUCUUCUGGAGAUCCAAGCCUCCCUGAUUAUGUGGGCGUGGCAGACUUUGAUGAAGUUAGGAUGAUGUACUACAACAGCAACGUGAAAAUACUGGAACCCAGACACGACUGGGUGAGAAAAUUAAUUCAGGAUGAUCCACAGCACUGGGAAAGGAUUGCUGUGGACGGCAUACAUUACGAGCAGCUCUUCAGAGUUGAAACAGACAGUUUCAAGCAGCACUCAAACCAAACUGGAGGUGUUCACAUUAUCCAGCAGAUUCUGGGCUGUGAAUGGGAUGAUGAGACUGAAAAGGUUGUUGGUUAUAAACAAUAUGGUUAUAACGGAGAAGACUUCCUGACAUUUGACCUGGAGACAGCGACAUGGAUCGCUGCAAAUCCACAGGCUGAAAUCACCAAACGGGAGUGGGAUGGAAAUACAGCUGGCAACGAGUUUUGGAAGAGCUUCCUCGUCGACAUUUGUCCUGUGUGGCUGAAGAAGUAUUUGGUCUAUUGUUUUGUUUUGUUUAACUAUCCAGAGCGUCCCUCAGUGUCUCUCCUCCAGAAGACUCCCUCCUCUCCACUCAGCUGCCACGCUACAGGUUUCUACCCUGACAGAGCUGAGAUGUUGUGGAGGAAAGAUGGAGAGGAGCUUCAUGAGGACGUGGAGCACGGAGAGAUCCUCCCCAACCAUGAUGGAACCUUCCAGAUGAGUGUUGACCUGAACAUUUCAUCUGUCACACCUGAAGACUGGGGGAGGUAUGAAUGUGUGUUUCAUCUCUCUGGUGUGAAGGAGGACAUCAUCACCAAACUGGACAAAGCAGUGAUCAGGACCAACUGGGGUAAAACUGGCAUUAGAAAUGAUGGAGAGGAGCCCUGUUGCAUGACUGUCCCCAUCAUUGUUUCAGUGACUCUUCUUGUUGUCAUCCUCAUCAUCUCUGCUGUUGGAUUUGCUGUUUACAAAAAGAAAAAAGCCGAGCGCGCUUCAUCUCCUCCGGUCCACAACUCUGAACUCGCUGAGAGACUGAAUCCAGAAACCUGAUCGACAAACACGUGAUCCUCCACACAGUGAAAAAUUCACUCCUCUAGUUCAACAGACUUUGAACUGAGAUUAUUCAGCCAUUCACUGUAAUAUGUUUGUGUUACAUUACAGCUGUGAACAAAAUCCCUGAUUGAAAGCUGGUUUCCUACAACCAGCCAUGGCAGCUUUACAUGGAGAUAAACGAGGCUAUGAAGAGAAAGAAUGAGCUGAACCAGGCACAUUUAUUCUGUUUUUAUCUGAUAAUUCUUUCCACCUCUUUUCAGUUGAUGUGUCUCUUGGCAAAAAUCACAAAAAUAUACGUUAUCCGACUUACCUGCACUUACAUGUCAUUUUAUGAGAAAGUCAGAUGUCUUUUGUCUGUUUUGUCCAAAGUUGUUGGAACAUUUUUCAAGCUUUUGUAAUAUAAAUAAUUAGAAUAAGUACAGAAGCUGCACCAAGACAUUUCCUCUGAGUCGAGUGUCAGAUUCAUGCAGUUUCAUUGUGAUUGUACUGUUACUGUGUUUUUCAAUAAACUCUGUGAUAUUAA